UCGGAGGCGAACUCACACCGGGCCGGUUAGGGUUAGCGGUGAGCAAACAAUGGUGUUGUCCAAUCGCCGGCGGAGCUGCUCUCCUCCGGCCACCGCAUCCUCGCCGCACUUCCCGCCGGAGCUGAUCCCCGAGGUUGCAAGGCGCCUCACCUACCGCGCCUACCGCGCCCUACUCCCGCUGACCUCAUCCAACCUCGCCUCCCAGGCGCCGCUCCUCCUUGUACCCUUCGAGGAUGAGUCCAACGCCCUCUUCCACCCCACCCUCCGCCAGAUCUACCUCUUUCGCCUCCACCGCAUGCACCUGCCCCUCACCAGCAGGGAUUGGGCAGUCACCGAAUUCCACCCACUCGGCUGCCCGUGCCGCCUUGCCAUAUGCGAAAUCAGGGGGAAAGUGGGCCAGCCCAGCCGCUGCAGCCUCAGCAUCGUCAACCUCCUCACAGGCGAGCGAACCUGCCUCUUCGGUCUCCUGGAGCGCAUCUCCCGCGUCCUCCUCUACGGCGAUCUCGUCCUCACCUGGAAGUACAUGGAGCGUGCUAUCCAGUACUGUCACCUUGAGGCCGCGGACCCUACAAGCUUCAGGAUUUGAUCUGUGUGAAUGGCAUCCUCUACGCACUUGUUAUCCUAGGUUACCGUCUCGCAGCUGUGGAACUGUCAGAAGACAAGAAUUCGGUGGAAUUGGUGCUUCUUGGAGGCAAUUUCGACAUGCACGGGGAAUUCCCCCCACGGUUGCACCUUGCAGAGUGCUGUGGUGAGCUGAUACUGAUUAGGACCAUGGAUCUGGAUCCACGGGUUUACCAUUUCUUCCGGUGGAAGUUUGGGGAGGCAAAGUGGGAGAGGAUUACUAGCCUUGGUGGGUGCACCCUGUUUCUCACAGAUGGUCGCGUUGUAGGAUGCCUCGGUCCUGAUCAUAAGGGCAUUCGAGGGGACUCCAUGUACAUAACAGAAUAUACCGAUGGGAAUUGGUAUGAAUAUUCUUUGAUUGAUGGAUCUUUCAACA